UGUGUACACACAGGACUGGUGUUUGGUAUCUGAGCACUUGCUUCCCUAGACUCUGCUGGCCACAGAUGAGGUCACCCCUUACCCAUCAGCCCACCUGCUCCAAGAAAUGCAAGCAGGGCAGAGAGGACAGAAGAGUGGGACUAAGUGUCAGGGUCCAAGUACUCAAGAGUCACUAGAACAGAUGUCACUGGCUGUGAAGCAGAUGCCUGGCUCCUGGUGAGGCCAACAGAUCCCAAAGACUGUCCAGUACCCACCCAGACAUGGACAUAAGAGGCUGCACCUGGCUGCCGCUGCUGCUGCUGCUGCUGCUCCUGCAGGGACAGAGCCACCAGCCUCUACGGAGAUCCAAAAGAAGAUGGGUUCUCACCACCCUAGAACUGGAAGAGGAAGACCCAGGGCCCUUUCCCAAACUGGUUGGGGAGCUGUUCAAUAAUAUGUCAAAUAAUGUGUCACUGAUGUACUUGAUCAGAGGACCCGGCGUGGAUGAAUUCCCAGAGAUCGGUUUAUUCUCUAUAGAGGACCACCACAGUGGAAAAAUAUAUGUCCACCGCUCUGUCGAUCGAGAAGUGACACCAUCUUUUACGGUUUACUUUGAUGCUGUGGAUCGAUCCACAGGAGAGCUUGUGGACGAAUCCCUCAUUUUCAACAUCAGAAUCAGAGAUGUGAAUGAUCAUGCACCCCAGUUUCCUGAGAAGGAAUUUAACAUCAGUGUUAAAGAAACCCAAGCUGCAGGUCAACCUGUUUUUCAGUUGUCAACGGUGGAUUUGGAUCAAGAAAAUACUCCAAAUUCUCAAGUCCUCUAUUUCCUCGUUUCUCAAACACCAUUACUGAGAGAAAGUGGCUUUCAAAUUGAUCUCAUCAGUGGGGAAGUACGGCUCUCAGGAUGCUUAAAUUAUGAGACUGCUCCUUGGUUCACUCUGAUGAUCAGAGCGACAGAUUGUGGAGAGCCAUCCCUGUCAUCCACGGCCACCAUUCACGUCAGUGUGGAGGAUGGCAACAGCCACAGGCCCACAUUUAUGGAAGACCAUUAUAAGAUUCAGAUCUCUGAAGGUCAAGUCGAAUGGGGAGUGUUGUAUCUCCCUGUUCAAGACCGAGAUUCGCCAUUUACACCAGCUUGGAGAACACAGUUCAACAUAUUGGAUGGCAACGAGGAGAAGCAUUUUGACAUCAUGACUGACCCUGAGACCAACCAAGGGGUAUUAAAUGUCAUCAAGCCUUUGGAUUACGAAACUCAAGCAGCCCACAGCCUCGUAAUUGUCGUGGAGAAUCAGGAGCAACUCUUCUCUUGUGAGGAGGGCCAGCCACAGCCAUCCACGAAGGCGAUGGCCAGUGCCACCGUGAGCGUUCAGGUGGUGGAUGCCAAUGACCCACCAGCCUUUCACCCCAGGAGCUUCACAGUCAGUGAGGAGGAUGGAGCCAGGCCUGGCAUCCGCUUGGGAGGUUUCAAUGCCACAGACCCGGACAGGCCCGCCAACCAGAUAAGAUACAAACUGGUUCACGACCCAGCAGAUUGGAUGACCGUGGGUGAAACAUCAGGAGUGGUCACCACCAAGAGGCAAAUAGACCGGGAGUCCCCUCACGUGAACGACAGCUUUUACACAGUCAUUGUGCACGCAGUUGACAGCGGCCUCCCGCCGCUGACUGGCACAGGGACCCUGAUGCUCUUCCUGUCUGACGUCAAUGACAACGCUCCAACUCUCCAGUCCCAUUCUCGAUACUUGGAGGUCUGCGAGUCUGCCAGGAACAAGCCGCUGCUCUUGGAGGCUGAGGAUGCAGACCUAGACCCCUACUCUGACCCCUUUACUUUUGAUUUGGACUCUGCCCAGAGAGAUGUAGGCGCCACUUGGAUGCUGAGGACAAAGCAGGGUGAAGGCCGCUCUGCUGAGCUCGUCAUGCUGAGAAGCCUCCCUCCCGGGGAUUACGUGGUGCCACUAUUCAUAGGAGACAGGCAGGGCCUCACCCAGAAGCAGAGGGUCCAUGUGAGGGUCUGCUCCUGCCCCGGUGGAUCCGAGUGUGAGAAUCGCUCAGACGUGGGGCUCCCGUGGUGGGCCCUGUCUCCUAUCUGUGCAGCGUUCGCGGUUCUGGCAGCUGCUCUGCUUUCCCUGCUGCGGUGCCACUUUGCUUUUGGACCCAGGAGGCUCAGAGGCUUCAUCCCAAGUGACAAUGGCCACCAGACACUGAUUGUGUACAACGAGGAAAGCCAAGCCCUUUCAGCCCAGAUGCAGCCAAUUAGGGAAGACCCGAGGCCUGCUCCGUCCUUCAGCACAGCUACGGCCAGAGCCAAGCCUGACGCGAAGUUUAAGGGUCAUGACAUGUUCCUCGAGCCAGGAGGUAUGAGAAACCGAUCUUCCACCCCAGUCUAUCUGGAUCACUUGGUACCCAGACGCCCCCUGCAACUGAUGGAAGGAAGGGUGGUGGAGACGUGGAACCGGAAGCUCCACACUGUUGAUGUUCUGGACGGUGACACCGGCUACCAGCCUCAUGUCUACAGAGAGGAGGGAGAGAGUGAAGGAGCUGAGACCCUCAGCUCUCUGACCUUCUUGGAGCAGGACCUCUCCCCUGAGCUGCCAGACUCCUUGAGUUAAAAAAAAAGUCCUCCUUCUGAAGCAAUGUGUUCUGCAUCAGGAGUCCCUUCUUAAAGGCAUGUGGUGGGCUUGAUCUGGGAGGAUGGUCGCUCCUCAUGGGUCCCCUCCUUUUGUUCUCUGUUCUUCAGGAUGUCCUAAUUCACAGUAGCUAGUGCUGCAAGCUUGGCAAUCUCUUGGGAAACAUCUGGGAGAUGUCCCUCUGGCCUGCCGGUGAGGGGUUAUCUUGUUUGCAUUGGGAUGAGGAGACAUGUCCACUGUGGGUGGCACCAUUCCUCGACCCUGGACGGUAAAAGUGGGGACAGGGAGCCAAGCCUCAGCUUUCAUCCCUCCCUGCUUUCUGAUUGAUCCGAGCACGUCACAUGACCGGCUGCCUUAGAUUCCUGUCACCUUGACUUCCCUCCUCGAUGGACUGUACUUUUGAACUGGGAACCAUAGCAAUAAGGGAGAACCUAGGACAUGGUCCUAGGAUGAGGGUCAACCAUGGAUCCAAACACAGUGUCUUGAAGCAAAGCAGAAUGGCGGGCUAUGUGCAUUGUAAAUUUGAUUUGUCACGUUUUUCUGGAAAGACUUAAAUCUUGUAUUCUUUUGCUUCUCUUGGUGACCCAGCUCUGAUGGUGAGUGAGAAUACAACCCAUAGAUCACCUAGCUGUUUUAUGAGCAGUGGGUAAUUCUGGAAGAAGAUGAAAACGAGUUUUUAAAAGAUUAUUUACAUUUCCAUAAUUGUUGCUCUGCUUCAUUUUAAGUGGGUAAAGCUAAUAAACGGGAAAGUGCUUCCUAGAGCAUAGGUAAUAAGUACUCUCUGUGAUUUAAAAAAAAAAAACGAUAACAGCCCCUUCCACGCUUUGAUUAGCUAAGCCAGCUAUGUUAUUUUGAGAAAAAUAAUUAAGUUUGAAAUCAUGUAAACAGAGCGUGCUUUGAGAAUCUAAGACGUACCAUGAUUUAACUUCCCCACAUCAGUAUAGUAAAAUAAUUUAGCAAGUGUUGAAGGAAUAUGUUAUGAUUAGAUUUCUGUUUAUAUAAGACCAUAGUUUUUUUUUUUACAGGAUUUUGUUGUCCACUUAGUGUUCAUGUAAAUUGUAUGGUAGAAGUGGGGCAGGGUGGGACAGGGUGGGGCAGGGUAGGAACAUUAUUUCAAACUUAUUUACAAGGACAUGCGCCUUUUUAAAAGUCUGAGCAGGUAAUGAGCAUUGACUCAGCAAAGUUGUCCUCCGAGCUAAACAUGCGCACCAUGACAUGUGUACCCAUGCACGCUCAUCAUGCAUGCACACACAUGCAUUUUUUAAAGAAAAAAUAGUUUUGAGUCUGAGUUAUGGACUCAGGUUGGUAGAUGGUCAUCAGAUCUUUCUAGACCUAAGCCAAGGGAAAAAAAUGAACACCAUGGGGGAAUCUGGCCCCCUUGUCUGUUCUUGUAAAUAAAGUUUUAUUGACACUCAGUACAACUUGUGGCACCAGGCUGCUCUGGGCUCUGACAGCAGAGUUUCAUAGCUACAACAGACACCUCCAAGGCCAGCAAGUCUUAAUAUGCAACACUGGCUUCCAGGCUCUUCUGAGGAACCCAAGCUUGGCACAUUCCCCUAAGCAUUCUUCUUGGAAAUCCCAGCUCACAACAAACACAUUAUGAUGCCUCCAUGCCUUGUGCUAGGAACACAUGACUAGAUGCUCCCAAGAGGUUUUAAGUUAGUGCAUCUCUGAUGGUGGCUCAUCUCGCUUUCCCUUGGUCUUGUGGUACACAUUUGCAAAUUCUUGCCUUGUAAGAUGCUCUCCAGCACAUUGUUUCCAAAAGUAAUAAAAUACUCAUGUGAUA